CGAAAAUGAUUCGCAAUUGAAAUCAGUUCGUUUGGCAUUGUACCCUCAUCGACCGCACGUUAAUUGUUUGUAGACGUUUGAACACGAAUACGGAAUUCAUUUUCUUAAUCCUAAAAUCGGUUGGUAUUUUGACCGUUGAGCCUUCGACGUUAUAUAUUUCGUAUACCAGUCAGUUUUAGCAUGACAGUUGAAUUCAAGCUACUGUAGAAUGGCGAGCUACACGCAAGUUGGAAGUGGGCAAAUGCUGGGAACUACAUUGCUAGUUAUAGCAUGGACAGGUAUUCUGGUUUCAUUUAUUAUACCAGACUGGAGACGAAGUGUCGUGAAACUGCCCGAAACGACAUUUGAAUACGAGCCAAUGCACCAGUUUAAUGAGAGCAGUCAGGAACCAGAUUGCAUAUUGUGUAUACUGAAGGAUAUCCAUUUAUACCACAUUAAUUCGACUGUCACCCCCACAGAAGCAGACGAAAACAGUAGUCAAGACACUCAUAGUGUGACUGACACUAACUUGAAGACGAUUUUUACUCGGCCAUCUCAAUGGUUUACAAUCGGCAUUCGUGGUCUCUGGACCGAAUGUGCGUUUCUGCCAAAUUAUCCAGACCCGAAAUUUCUGACCUACACUUCGAAGACUAAUUUAUCAGCGUCAGUUGAAAUUCGGCCGGUUGCAAAGAACGAUUCAAUUGCUAUUAAAGGGAAUCUUACUGUGUGGACAAAGUAUCAUACUCAACUGACAUCUCAGCUCCAUUAUGCGAACAAUUUGGUGGCAAUUGUAAAUUUAGAAAAGUCAAAGAAUUGUACAUAUGUGUCUCUACAGAGAUCGACAUGUCUUCUUAUGGGAAUUCGAGCCGUUGCUUUGCUUGGUAUAUUCAUCGGUACAGUAGCUUGUGUACUUGCUGUUACUUCAGUUAUAUUCGAUGGACACAUACGAGAAAGUACGUUUACUCAUCCAAAUAUAUCUCGAUUCCGUCGGCAUAAUGUUCUUUCGGUUCUGGCUGGAGCUUUGGCCGGGCUGAGCGGAAUGUUCGGACUUAUAAGUUGUUGGUGGUUCACGUUGGACGUGAACACGCGAUUCUUUAUGCCGUCUUAUCAGCUCUACCACAUUAAGAACGGAGGGACCUUUAUAGCCGGAUCGUCUCUGCUUAUGUCUGGCAGUUCAGCUGUCUUGUACAUCAUAGGCGGUUAUCUUAUGGGCGUGAAAUCAACGAAAAAGAAAGAAUCCGUUUUUGUUGUGAAAUGCAAUGCUUCUGUGUAUUAAGGUGAAUUGAAUUUUAAAGUUUAUUUAUAGUUUUUGUAACUUUGUAACACAUGUUGUGUAUAUGAUUUAAAAAUGCAUAAUUGUUUUGGGUAAAUGAACAGAAAUUAGCGUAAUAUUUUCUGUGCCGGUAGUACAUAUUUAUGAAUAGUAGGUUGGGGUAAGAUGGGAAAUGUUUUCAUUUUAUUUUCUUGUUCCAUUUUGAAGUUAACAAAGAAUA